AGUUUUUUGCGCAGCUACUUAUCAAAAGAAAUCUAUCAAGGGGCAUGUUUGUCAAAACAGGAGCAGACAUUAGCUCAAAUAGUCAGUCUGCUGUUCUCACCCUGCCAACUUUAAUUCUUAGAUGCGGUGAUGAUCAAUUGCUGAUGUCUCUAUAUGGUAAAUGAGACGAGCACCGAUAUCAUCUCGAAGGGCAAUUUCUUCUGUCUCGCCGACACCAUCCACCGGUACCCGCCGACGCUUGGCCUAGACUCCAACACAUGUAUCCAAGACUCAUUCAAUCUGGCUUGGAAGGUAGCAUAUAUGCUGCCAGGUCUUGCACCUCCCUCGCUGCUCGAGACAUACAGUGGCGAGCGCCAACGCCUCGCCUCCGGACUCGUUCUGGAUUCCAACAACACACUGCGCAGUCAUGCAGCCGUGUGUUUCUCAGUGGGAGUACAACCGCACGGCAUCUCCGACGAGGAUCGCAAGAAAGCCGAAGAAAUGUUGAGACAGAACUCAACAGCGGGGAUAGGAGCAAGGAAAGCUCUGCGUGAAAGUACCAGGCAUAUGCAAACGGAGUCUAAGUGGUGGGGUACGGCAAUGAACCAACUAUAUGCCUCCACAGCCAUCUGUACCAACGACGAAGAGAAUCUAUGUCAGCCUGGACUAAAGGAGCAGCAGGACCCAUGCCGAUUUCACGAUACUUCUGCUUAUUCCGGAAGGCGCUUUCCUUAUGUGUGGCUCGGCAGCCGCGUCCCUGGGAAGUUGGUAUCGACACUGGAAGUCGCUAGCAAGGGAGAGUUCACCCUGCUGACAGGCAUUGGAGGCGGCGGCGGCCCGUGGAAAGCAGCCGAUCUGAUGCAGCGUAGCCUCAACAUAGAAGUCAAGAUCGUAGGUAUCGGCACUGGGCUCCAGUGGGAGGAUGUGUACCUGGAGUGGGAAGAGAAGCCUGGUGUUGAAGAGGACGGCUGCGUUCUUAUGCGUCCAGACCUAUUUGUGGCAUGGAUAUCAAAGAGCAGUGGGAACGAGUCUGCCAGGCUACUUGAGGUCAUGUGCAGGGUCCUUGGAGUAUCGUAGAACUCGCUAAUGGCCGUGAACGGUACUACCAUAGGUAGCAAUAAGAUCGUCAACGGUGCGAAGUAGUAAAGAUUUUUUGAAGGCCAAGCUGCUGCAGUCAUAAUCAAGCAAUGUCAAUAACGGCUGCAUGAGUCAUUUGCCUUCCACUCCUCUAGUAACGGCUCUUACAGCUCUCUCAAGGUGAGCCUCCGUCGAUCGUACAGUCGGCGCGGUC